AUGGAUCGCCUAUGCAAGAAAAUUUACGCUCUCGAUGAGGAGAAACGGCUGAGACAGAGGGCGAUGCUUUGCCACGUGUACUGGUUAGCCUUACACGACGAAUGGCACCGUGCAAGGGAUCUCAUGCUUAUGAGUCAUCUCCAAGCCAUUGUUGAUCAUUCCGAUACGGAUACACAGAUCCUCUACAAUCGUACGAUCUGUCAAUUGGGGCUCUGUGCAUUCCGGCAUGGUUUCAUCAAGGAAGCUCACCAAGGUCUUUCUGAAAUCCAAAACACACAACGAGCUAAGGAAUUGCUCGCUCAAGCGGUAGCAAUGAGACAGCACGAACGGACCGCUGAGCAGGAGAAGUUGGAGCGUCAACGACAGAUCCCUUACCAUAUGCACAUUAACGUAGAACUGAUGGAAUGCGUCUAUCUUAUUUGUUCAAUGUUGCUCGAAAUUCCUCAUAUGGCUAGCUGCGAAUUUGAAAUGCGUCGACGAUUGCUUAGUCGAAGUUUCCAUUACCAACUGAAGCAGAGUGAGAAGAAUCAUACUCAUAACCUUCUAUUUAAGUCA